AUGGCCGUGGCACAGUCAGGGUGGAAAUUAUCAUAUUCAAAUUCAUGGGUUAGAGUAGUUGGAGUUUCAAGAAGAAGCAGUGGCGCAGCUUCUAAGCCUGCUAUAUUUCAAGCAUCAUGUCCACCUCCGUCUCCAGCCAUAGCUGUGAAAAUAAGAAGAAAAUGCUUAAGCAACUGGAGGUGGGCGCAAAAGCCACCACAAUUGCUGGAAGACAAGAAAAGCGACGCCUCCUUCUUCAUACGGUGCUCUAAGUACGGGAGCAGCAUUGGUGCCGCAAGUAAUACGAAUAGCGGAAAGGGAUAUCUGGCAUCUACGGACCAAGAGCUGAUGAGUCAGUGCCAAAUGGACACUUUCAAGGCGUCGGGCCCAGGGGGUCAGCACCGUAACAAGCGAGAGUCUGCCGUACGCCUCAAGCACCUCCCCACCGGUCUUACUGCGCAGGCUGUCGAGGACAGAUCCCAACACAUGAAUCGUGCCUCAGCCUUGGCUCGCCUUCGCGCUCUUAUAGCUCUAAAAGUCAGGAACACUGUGGAUCUUGAUGCUUAUUCCCCUCCUCAAGAGCUUCUUCAAAUUCUUCCCCCAAAGUCUACCAUUAGAGGAUCAGAUUGUGGUCCCCAAAUUGGACCCAAUAAUCCUAAGUUCAUUUUGGGAAUGCAAGCUCUGUUGGAUCUCAUUUUUGCAGUUGAGGGUUCUGUCUCAGAGGCAGCCAAGUUUCUGGGGUUAAGCACAGGUGCCCUGUCACGGUUAAUACUCUCAAAUGAUUCUCUCCGACUGGCAGUCAAUGAACUAAGGUUUUCUAAGCUUUUGACUUCUGGAUGA